UUUUUAGCAUUAAACUGAGACGCCACGCAACAAUAGAAUUUCGACAAUUGUCUGUUGCUUUGUUCGAAUGCUAUUGUUUCGAGCGUUUUCUGAGAGUUUUGCUGCAGUUUUACGAUUAUUUUAAGAUGGAUAAUUUUAAAGCGCUAAAGAAUUGGAAUACCUCUGGAGGAGAGAGUGCGGAGGAAAGCUCCUCGACAUCAGGAUCGUCUUCACCUUCGAUUCGACUGAUUCGCGUGCGUCCGAAAGAAGUGCUGGAGGGUGCGAAGGAACCCGACAAGAAACGGGUGAUUGUCACCAUUCCCGAUGAGAGCACCUCGUCUGUCAUCGACUACCUGGAACAGAGAUAUCCAGAAGUUCCGGAAUGGUCGGUGCAGAGAGAGGCACGCGAGGAAGGAGUCGAAGGGGAGUGUAAAUCGAUCCUGAAAAAGAGGAAAAAGAAGCCUUGGUGGAAGAAGAUCUUUUUCUUCUGGAAGAAAUAA